GCGUGGUUCCUUCUGCAAAGUGUACAGAGACCUAUAAUCAGCACAUUUCUUUCCUGCAAUCUUUAUUGUUUCUGCAAAAAGUAAAAAAGAACUGUCACCUCACCCCCAGCACAUUCCUGCAGUCAAUACCAUCACCUCCAAUUUGCCCAAUCCUAGCACUUUCCCCAGCUGCUUAGCUAUGCAGAAAACACGUCACAUAUGAAGGCGGACCAUAUAUUAAGCCAAUAUGUAUAUAAAUCUAGCUAGGAGGACGGCUAAGCCCUGUGCCUUGAAGUUAUGGGUUAGAACCCUUCAAGACAUCUAUCACUUGACUGAAGACUGUUUCUGAGCAGAACUGAGCUGAGGAUAUCUUCAUGGAUUAAUCAAAGUGUUAAGCAUCUUGCAGAACAGUAACGCCUCCCAGUGCCAAUUAAACCAUUUCCAGCACAGUGACAGAGGCUGAGGCUCCAGAGCUACUGUAGUCACUGUGGGGUUGGAAGUGACAAUAAUUCCACUACAUCCAGGAGAUCUGCAUCCGACUGAAGCCUUGCACCCACUGGGGGAGAAGAUGUUCCUCUCUACAGACCUCAAUUACUUCUCAUUCUUUGAGGCGGCUGUUACCUCAGUCCUCUCCUUGGUCCUUCUCCUGGCAGCGUCUCACCAGUUAUGGUCGCUGAGAUGGCACAGUACCAGAGACCGGGCCAGCAGCUUACCUCUCCCCAAAGGCUCUAUGGGCUGGCCAUUUUUGGGGGAGACUCUGCAUUGGCUUGUCCAGGGUUCAGAUUUCCAUAGCUCCAGACGGGAAAAGUAUGGAAACAUUUUCAAGACUCAUCUGCUGGGGAAACCACUGAUCCGGGUGACUGGGGCAGAGAACGUCCGGAAGAUCCUGCUAGGGGAGCACCACCUAGUGAGUGCCCAGUGGCCUCAGAGCACCCAGAUCAUCCUGGGCUCCAACACCCUGGUCACCUCUAUUGGGGAGCUUCAUAGGCACAAGAGGAAAGUCAUGGCCAAGGUGUUCAGCCACCCGGCGCUGGAGGGCUACAUCCCCCGCAUCCAGGAGGCUGUGCGCCGGGAGCUGCACGGCUGGUGCAGGGAGAGCGGCUCCAUCUCCAUGUUCUCCUCGGCCAAAGCCCUGACUUUCCGCAUUGCCGCCCGCGUCCUGCUGGGGCUCAGCCUGGGGGAGAAGCAGUUCAAGGAGCUGUCCCGGGUGUUCGAGCAGCUGGUGGAGAAUCUCUUCUCUCUGCCCCUGGACAUCCCCUUCAGCGGUCUCCGCAAGGGUAUUAAAGCACGGGACACUUUGCACAAGUAUAUGGAAGACGCUAUUAGGGAUAAAAUCACAAAGAGAAAUCCUGAAGUAUGUGAAGAUGCUCUGGACUACCUGAUAGACAGCUCCAAGGAGAAUGGCAAAGAGCUGAACAUGGAUGAGCUAAAGGAAUCGGCUAUUGAGCUUAUGUUUGCUGCCUUCUUCACCACUGCGAGUGCCAGCACCUCCCUCAUACUUCUCUUACUCAAGCAUCCAUCUGCCAUACACAAGCUCAAGCAGGAACUGGCAUCACAUGGGUUAAACAAGCAGUGCCAGUGUCUCCAUUCAGAUAACCCAAAUAACAACAGAUUGGAUGAGCAAUGUGUGACUGCAGGUUGCCACUCAUCUCUCCUGGGCCCUGAGGGGCAUGUGACAAAGAUAUGGGAGCAGACAAAACGCAUGUUAGCAGAUAGAAACGCGAGAGAACAGAUUUUUCCUCUGGAAAGAAGAUGCCAUGAUGGUAUGAACUGGGAGCACCAGUGUAAUGGUGCAUUGUACAAGCAGGAUACAGCACUUUACCACCUGGGUACUACCACGUUACCAGAAGAAACUCAUGGACUAAAGUCUGAGUGCACCUGCCAGAUGAACAUGACUUUGGAGAAAUUGAAAGGACUUCACUAUCUGGACUGUGUAGUGAAGGAGGUACUCCGACUGCUCCCACCAGUCUCUGGGGGUUACAGAACUGCUCUUCAGACCUUUGAACUAGAUGGUUACCAGAUCCCCAAAGGCUGGAGCGUUAUGUACAGCAUCAGGGACACCCAUGAAACCGCAGCCAUUUACCAGAAUUCCGAAUCCUUCGACCCAGAUCGGUUCAGUGUGGAAAGAGAUGAAGGGAAAGCUAGCAGAUUCAAUUAUAUUCCAUUCGGAGGUGGGGUCCGAAGCUGUAUUGGCAAAGAAUUGGCACAAGUCAUACUCAAGAUUCUUACCAUAGAGCUUGUUAGUACUGCCAAGUGGGAGCUGGCCACCCCAAGUUUCCCCAAAAUGCAGACUGUCCCCAUUGUGCACCCCGUAGAUGGACUCCAGCUCUUCUUCCGAUUUUUUAAUUCUAAUGACAGUGACACAGGGUCAAAGAAAUGAUGAUUUCUAUAUCCUUGCUGAAGAACCCUCACCGCUUCUAACACUUAUUUUUUUAUUAUUUAAUUCAGGAUUCCCGAAAGGGUGUCUGUACUAUCUGUAAUGUAGGUAAAAAGAGAUUAUAUUAUUUAUAAUGUAAUAUUUAUAUGUCAAUUAGUUAUUUAAAAAAAAAAAAAGAUGUGGGUGAUAAAUUAUAAAACACAAAAAAAUUGAGAUUUAAUGAUGUGCAUUUUGUUUUGGAGGCAGUUCCAUAAUAUACACUAAUUAUAUUAGACAGUAUUAAUCUUUGUAAUGACAAUUCUGAAAUCUGUAAUAUCUGCCUUAAACAAAUUCAUUUCUAAUGUCAACCUUUGCAGUCGUUCAGUUAAAAUCUGGCAGGGAGAGUGUGACAGUAGUGACAGUUGGGUGCUAUGUACUAAAAGGUAUCCGGAUGAUAGAUCGACAAUGUAUUGGUCAACAGCUAAUAUGUCGCUACAUAUGGUCGACAUGCAUUAGGCUGACAUUUAUAAAGGUCGACAGGUUCAAAAGGUCAACUUGACAAUGACUGACACACAAAUGGUCGACCCAUAACCUAUGGUGAGUGAAGCGAGCCACCUUGCCCGAACAAUGGCGAGCGUCUACGUUUGUACUGAUGGUUUUUACAUGAAAUAUACAAGAUUUGGACGAGAAAACAUGUGUUGACCAUUUUUGCGUUGACCGUUGUCGUGUUAAUUUUGACCCCAUCAACCUUAUGUAUCUGUCGACUUUAACCUUUGUUGACCUUUCAUAUGUUGAGUUUUUGUACCUGGUGACCAAAUCCAUGUCGACCAUUUGGUGCCAACCUUUUGACUGUCGACCAUAUCACUGUCGAUCUGUUAUACCACACCCGCACUAAGAAGAGGUAUCUUGUCAGUACACAAGCUAUGUGCCAGCUGCAGUAUUCACAGAGAUAAUCCUGAGUGAUUGUUGUACAGCAAUUUCCUCCUGCUUCCAGUCGCUGAUGAACACUGAUAGGCAAUUCAAAAACAAAACAGGGGCCUCAUUCAGAGAUAAACACCAACCUGAUUUUUCUGCAGUUGAGCGAUUAUUGGCUUACUGUGCGUGCGUCUAAAGGUGCCCAUACACCUAAAGAUUUAUCUUCCAAUCCGGCUGGUUGGAACGAAAAUCUGGUAAUAUAUUGGAGCUAAUGACAGUUGACCAUUUGAAAUGGUCGUCAUUUGCUCCCAUCCAUGUCAUUUGUGCCCAUCCAUUACCAGAUUUUCGUUCCAACCAGCCAAAUUGGAAGAAAAAUCUUUAGGUGUAUGGGCACCUUAAGUCACGUGCGGCUGCAGCAUUUGCAUAUUUUUGCAGUCACUGCGUACAUAUUGGCAGCUGCGGCACAUUACUGUACAUCGCUGAAUCAGGCCCAGAAAUCGGUGAUAAAUUGCUGUGAACACACUCAGUGCACCAGGUAACAGUCACAUACCACAGCUGUACUUUAUCGCAGAACAUUAAAAGCUGGGGAAAGUCGUUCUUGAUGGCAAAUAGAGGAGAGUAAAAUCCCAUUGUGAAAUCCUCUAAUUAAACACAUUAUAUAUUCAUGGGAAGAUAUCUGCAGAGAUUUUACAGGCUGAAUUUUAAAACCAAUAUGUCUGUAGAAAAAUCUCCAGUGUGACGCUGACCCAAAGCGUGAUCCAAAACCACCUGGGCUGGAUGAUAUCCCACAUAUGCAUGCGUAACACAGUGUACAUUGGAUGUGCUGGCAGAGUGGGGACAGGGUAUGUUAGGAUGUACAGUAACAGAGCUGUUCAUGGGAAUAAAUAUAUUUAAUGGAUAUACGGAAUGCAAUGAUCCCACAAGCUUCCCUGGUGGCAACACAUGGAAACAAUAUCUAUACAAUAAAAAGACACUCGUACUAAAAUUUUAUACUGGAAUGUAAUGCGGGAAUUUGCAUGGGCAUCUAGAAUGAUAUGCAAUGGCACAGCAUAUAGAGUGCCACUUGGCAUUGGGUGACUUGCAUGCCACCACAAUAGGUAGAAAAUGUAUACGUGUUGGCAUGUUCUCUGAACCCCGGGCACAAGAUGUAUAUCUUCUGCACAAACCUACACAUCACACUGCCCUGUGGGAAGGAGCUAGAACCAGUGCUGGUGCCAUGUACAGUAUUACCUAUCAUUUCAUCAGUAGGUCUGUUCUAGAGGGGAGAUUCCGGGCACUUGUAAUCACCGCUUUGCAUUUGCCUGCCAUGUUUUCCAGAUUCACCAUAAAUGCAACAAGUUCUACUUGUUUCCUUUUUUGCUUUACUAAAUAGGGAUUGAUCUAUUAAUGUCUGCAGUUUGUCCACAUCUGCUAUUGGGUCACACACGCUGCCAGGGAGGGAUCUGGUAAUACAGACAAUUAUGUAGAUACUUCGCUAAACAUAGAUUUCUCCUGCUACAACCUUAGAUAAGAUACUAUAAAGAUGCCUUAGUCAUGCAGAACUGUACCUGCAUGUUUUUAUCUUCAUAAAUAGGCCCCAUAGUGCCUUGUUCACUGUGUACAGAGCCGUUUUCCCGUUGUGCUACUCAUGGACAGAGCAGUAGAGAGAUGUGUAACGGAACCUGGCCCGGAAUCAGUGUAGUGCAAUCUGUCAGCUCCAGUCUGAAGCUGUCAGUCAUUAUGCUUGUUCCCGUGUCAUCUUUGCCAACAUGUGUCACGUCUGCUGCUGAGUGAGCUGGAAACAGAAUGCCCAUGAGAGUAUAGCACAUUAGGAGGCUUGGUGACCCGGUGGACACAGGGUUGGCAAAUGCAUUGUGGGGAGAUGUCAGAAAGCCCAAUGGGAAGGUUCUCACAGGCUGUUUGCUCUUAAUACAUAUGGGCAGUUGUCUAAGAAAAUUCUCUAAUAACAUAUUUUAGUUGUCGGAUUGUCUAUUUUUUUAAGUCUAUGCAAAAUGAUGAACAGCUAUAACAGAUAAAAGAGAUUUAUAUAAAAUGGUGCUGUAGUAUAUAUUGCGGCGGAGAGAUUUAUUUAUUUCUAGGUUAUCAGCUAGGAGAUGUGAAACAGACUUUAACUAAAAUAUGGUAGCAUAUAGUAAGCACUGAACAAAUUAAUUCUGUGAGUAUAUAGCGUUGUUCUGACAUUCCUGACUGUAUGAAAGAUAUUAGAUAAAUGUUCUGCUACUUUUUCAGCCUUGUGAAAUAUUCCUGAAAGACUCCACACCGGAGUGUGCACUGCAAAGCUCCUUAAAUAGGACACAGCAUUUAAUUGUUAAAAGAUCAAACCCUUUUAUUUCUACCAUUUCUGUAACAUUCACUGGUGGCAGCUACUAAUCUGGUGCAUCCUAAACCAGCUAGUAAUUACCUAACCGUGUACAAUACAACCUGUUAUUUUUAUAUUAAA